AGAGAUGCAGGUUGUGGGCAUGAACUGCUUUGCUUUCGUCUCAUCGAUGCUGUCCAAUCAGACAACGCUAAAGCGAGACACCGCCAAGAUCAGAUUGUGAGACGCGCUGCUGUAGCAAGGCUAACAGAGAGUGGAUAGAAAAGGCUAACAAACAAGUUGCUAACUUGUGAAGUGCAGCGGGAUUUAGACCUCCUCUUCCUCCAUUCUUAAAUGCCAACAACAACAGCCGUCGAAGAAACAGGAGAGUGCACUCGGGUCUGAGAAGUGACAAAUAGAAGAACAUUUUCUUUUUAGCCUGAAGCUCAACUCCUCCGGUCCUUUGGGAUCAUGGCUAAAGAUGCUGGUCUUAUAGAAACAAACGGAGAGCUGAAGGUUUUCAUCGAUCAGAAUCUGAGCCCUAGCAAAGGUGUACUAUCUUUGGUUACUGUCCAGCCUACAGCUGCCCCCGUGGCCAAACAGCUACUACCCAAAACUCUUGGGCCAUCCAAUGUGAACAUUGCUGCACACAUGCAACAUGUGCCACACAUGGUGAUAGGAACACCCCAGAGACCUACAGUAUCCAAUACCAUUUUGGUAAACAGUCCACAUACACCCAGUUCCCAGUUCCUCACUCAGAGUCAACCAUCAGACGCCUCUCCGUGGUCAUCAGGAAAACGUGGUAAGAAAGGGGAAAAGAACGGGAAGGGCUUGAGGCAUUUCUCCAUGAAAGUGUGUGAGAAGGUGCAGAAGAAAGGAGUAACCACCUACAAUGAAGUGGCAGAUGAACUGGUUGCAGAAUUCAGCUCUGCAGAGAGCCACAUGUCACCCAAUGACGCACAUGUGUAUGACCAGAAGAACAUUCGGCGGCGUGUGUACGAUGCACUUAAUGUGCUUAUGGCCAUGAACAUUAUCUCUAAAGAGAAGAAAGAAAUCAAAUGGAUUGGCCUUCCCACCAACUCAGCGCAAGAGUGCCAAAACCUAGAGGUGGAGAGACAAAGGCGGCUGGAGAGGAUUAAGCAGAAACAAUCACAGCUUCAGGAGCUCAUACUGCAGCAAAUAGCUUUUAAGAAUCUGGUUCAACGGAACAGACAGACAGAGCAGCAGGCAAACAGACCUCCACCUCCCAACUCCAUCAUCCACCUCCCCUUUAUUAUUGUCAACACCAGCAAGAAAACUGUCAUCGACUGCAGCAUCUCUAAUGACAAGUUCGAGUAUUUGUUCAAUUUCGACAGCAUGUUUGAGAUCCACGAUGACAUUGAGGUGCUGAAACGUAUGGGCAUGGCCUGUGGUUUGGAGGUGGGAAAAUGUUCUCCAGAGGAUCUGAAGGUUGCACGUAGCCUGGUGCCCAAAGCUCUGGAGCCAUACGUUAUAGAGAUGGCAAAGGGUCCCAUCAGUAACGUCUACAUCACUGGAGGUUCCUCAGCAAAUGGAGCCCGUUACCCUGCAAGCAGUGAUGGCUGCACUGACGGCACCAUGGCCUCCAGCUCGAAUGACUCUCACUACAGCGGGUCUCGUGUGGAGACUCCAGUGUCUUAUAUGGGGGAUGAUGAUGACGAGGAUGAGUAUGAUGAGAACGAUGACGAAGACUAACCUGUCUACACCUCGCCACUCCAACAAGCACAGUCCUUCAAACCACCUUCACCGUGGAAUUUAGUCCCUUUUUGUGUGUGCUUCUUCAACCUCUUCCCCUGUUUCCCAUGCCUGUAUUUGUGUCUGGCUUUCUCAGGGGUGUAGAUGAAUAUUGAAAGAACUUAGGUGUACGUUGCACCCAUCUUUUUCUGCUCCUCAAUCACAUGCACCUGCACCACAGCUCUGGGGAAGGUGUCGUCAAGGGAACUGAAGUCUGUGGACUGGCCACCAGGCUGAAGUCUUUGUAUGUUUAAUCCACUUCUCAAUAAACCAUCCCACUAAAAAACAAAAAAACAAACAAAAAAAAAAACCUCUGUAAAACCUACUGCUGUUGGAGAAUGUAUAAUGUACUUGUUUGAAUAGUUAUUCCUAUUUUUUUGCAGUUACAUUUGGCAGACAUGAUGAUGAUAUGUUCCAAGAUGGCCAAAGUGUCUGCUUUAACAUGCUGUGUUAGUGCAACACCAUGAGUUGUGAAUGGCCUGAUACAGUUGCCAUGGCAUCCCAGGAUGGGGCUCCAUCAGAUGUGUUGAUACUUUUUGUUUUGUGUUCUGGGCAAUAAUUUGAAAUAGUUUCUUAUCCUCCAUUGUGUUGGGCUGGCUUCCUUAUGUUCUGUAGGCAGCUGCUUUCCUGAUCUUGUUUGCUAGUUUUUUUGUAUUCUGGAGUUAAGGAAUUCUCCAUCAUCGCCCUGUCAAAGCCUUGGUAGUGUUUACAAAAUAAUGGCACCAGCAAGGUAAAGACUUUUUAUAACCCGGGCUCCUGAUGGGUAAACAAGCUUUGUUUGUGAAUUACGUAUAUGAAUCUCUGACGAUUGUAGCUUAUAGUAUCCUUUAGAGGCCAGUGGUAAAGAUAGACCUUGAAAAAUUAUUGAUGUAAAACGAUGUGUGGUUGCAUAGGUCUUUAUGUACUCCCUUCAAAGAUCUCCCUUUUAAAACUUAGCAACACAUGUACUGACUCUUCCAAAAACCUUUUCUGUAAUCUAAUAUAAGUUUGCAAAUUAAAAUAUAGAUUGUUUUAAUAA